GGAGACGGUGGUGGAGAAGAUGCUCACCAACUGGAUGUCCAUCUGUCUCUACUCCUUCCUCAAGGAGGUGGCUGGGGAGCCCUUGUAUAUGCUGUACAGAGCCAUCAAGUACCAGGUGGAUAAGGGACCAGUAGACGCUGUGACGGGGAAGGCCAAGCGCACCCUGAACGACAGCCAUCUACUGAGAGAGGACAUCGACUACUGCUCCAUCACUCUGGUGGUGAAGAGUGGUGUGGAGGUGCAGCCGUGUCCCGUCAAGGUGUUGGACACCGACACCAUCACACAGGUCAAAGACAAGAUCCUAGACCAGAUCUAUAAAGGAGCUCCUUCUCACAGAGACCUGCUGCAGACUCACUAG